UCCUCUGCAUCCUCUGCAUCCACUACAUCCUCUGCCACCCUCGCAUCUGCAUGCAUCAAUCCUUCCACCUGCAUUCCAUUCGUUUCCCCCUCCGAUACGCCCGUGGAAUGAGGCGAUGAGUUGGCGCCUGGCCGCAAACGCAUCAUUGUUUGGGCUCCCCCGCAGUGGAUCGGGUGCCUGACCGCCAGCUCUUUGUCUGUCAUCUCAUCCUGUCAUCUCGCUGUUGUAUGACCUCUGUCCCGCUCAAUGCCAGCUUCAAUGCUUGCGCUCCAAUUCCUCGGCCAAUUCCUGCCUGGCGAUGUCCUCCCGUGAUGGCGAUUUCUGGGGGCUGCUGAUCAACCCCGAUAAGAGCCCCGCUCCGUUACUCGAACAGUUGUGCCUGGGAAUUGCCCAGAUCAUGACCUCGUUUGAUGAUUAUGCAACCUCCGACCUGACGCCGGAACGACUCGCCACUUUCUACGGCAAGGUGGGCGGCAAUUACGACGUUCUGUUCCUCGACACCAAAUCCUCCGCCUUGUCGUUUAUCUACCAGCGAUUAGGCUGUUUCCACAGUAUUCAACCCUCCACCGACCCGUACAAACCCCCGUCCGUGCCCGCGCUACAGCCGAACGGAUUCGUGCGAUGGCAGACGAUUCAGCUGCUGCUGGACCCCGACGAACACUCGCGAUACCUGCAGAAUGCCGUCGAGCUGUGGGACAUCGAGAACCCGAACGGGGGAUACUUCCCCAAGGAUAUUCCCCGAGAUGCCUUUCCAGCCGAGUCGGACCCGGAAAUGGUGAAUUGGCACGAGGAAGUGAGCCGGCGGUUCGAGUUUGAUUACUGGAAGAAGAACAUCUUUCGCUCGUCGCCGCCCAGCUUCGGCACGUACCACUCGCACUUCAGUCAGAAGGAGGCCAGCGGCAAGGAGGACUACCCCAACCAGCGGCAACCCACGUCGCACCGUCGACACGCCACUACCACCAACAUCCCACCCAUCCACCCCCAGCGGCGGCGCAGCGCGGAGAUCCCGUCCGGCGGUCGGCGCGUGCACUCCACGUUCGUGCGACGUCCGGAGGAGUUCCAGGAAUACAAAUCCCCGCGAGCACCGUCGCCCCCCACGUGGCCCAAGGGCAGGACCCGGGGUCGCGAGCGUGCCUCGUUUUCUCGGCCGGUCAGUCCGGGAACCGUCGGGCACGAGACGUCGGACGCAUCGUCGGAAGAUUCGGCCUGGGGGGCGAAAGACCCCCGAAGGUACCAGGAGAAUCUGUCGCCGCCGCAGACGUCCCACGCUCGGCGACAUUCCCACGAAGCGUACGCCCGCCGACCGCGCCGGGAGCUCUCUCCGGAUGCGCAUCGGCGCCACGGACCGCGGGAGACCUACCAAAGCCCCGACUCCGGGCGACUCUACGACUCGGACGGCGCGCGACGAGUCCGGUCGGCCAGG